AUGAGGUCGUUCUCUCUUCCCCUGCUCCUCUCUUUUAUCGCGCUCCCCACAGAGCUUAUCGGCGCCGUCCGUUUCGAUCUUCACGGUCGUGCGGCACCUCGCCUACUAGACAAGAGGACUGCCAUAACCGGCGCAUCUGCCUUGACUGACACGAACAAUCUCUUAUACUAUCUCAACCUUACUCUCGGCGGCUCACAGUUUCAAGUCGCGAUCGACACUGGAAGUGCCGACUUGUGGGUCGCUGGGAAUGUCACAAACAGCCAGGACACAGGCAAGACGCGCACCGUUCAAUAUGUGGGUGAGGAGGCAACAGGUGAAGCCGGUCCCCGCAGUCUGAGUUGUGGGACCGGAUCGUACUCACAAUCCUGCCAGGUACCAUUAAACUUGCCACAUUGGAUUUUCUAG